UCGCUGCCGCGCUCGGAGGCGCAGCCGUGCCCCAGCCCGACGCGGGGCCGCCGUCUCGCCCGUCACAGGCGGCCCGGCCCGGCGGCCAGCGCGGGGCUCAUGGCCAAGGUAGGAGGAUUUAUCUGACUAGCACAGCCAGCAAUAGCAGUGGUGAGACGGAGACACAGGCAGGCACUUGGUGCCUUGGAGUUUCUGGAAAGUUCAAAGAGAGAGGCUAUUCCUUUUUACAAAGUGAAGACCAACAACCUAUUUCAGAGUUAAUGGAGCAAAUGCUGAAUUUGUAUGUGGUGAGACCACAUGUCAAAUCUGUCCUGCUUAAAACCAGUCACGCUGGGAAACUGCAGGUUCUGUUCUAGGUCAAAUGAUUAGUUCUGUGGCAAGACAGCAUGACACUUUGAGUAUGACAGAAGCCCUGAUGCUGCAGCAGAGGCUGGGAAUAUUAAUGGCCAAAUCUAGAGAUCAGAUGGUCUUCUAAAGAAGUCAUGGGUAGCUGUUGUAGCUGUCCAGAUAAAGAAACUGUCCCAGAUAACCACCGAAACAAGUUUAAGGUUAUUAAUGUGGAUGAUGAUGGUAAUGAACUGGGUUCUGGCAUAAUGGAACUUACAGAUACAGAAUUGAUUUUGUACACCCGUAAAAGGGACUCUGUAAAAUGGCACUACCUCUGUCUCCGUCGCUAUGGCUAUGACUCAAAUCUUUUUUCUUUUGAAAGUGGUCGAAGGUGUCAAACUGGACAAGGAAUCUUUGCCUUUAAAUGUGCCCGGGCAGAAGAGCUAUUUAACAUGUUACAAGAGAUAAUGCAGAAUAAUAGCAUAAAUGUGGUAGAGGAACCAGUAGUAGAAAGGAAUAAUCAUCAAACUGAAUUGGAAGUUCCAAGAACCCCUCGAACACCUACCACUCCUGGGUUCAAUGCACAAAGUUUACCUAAUGGCUAUCCCAGAUACCCAUCUUUUGGAGAUGCUUCAUCACAUCCUUCCAGCAGACAUCCUUCUGUGGGAAGUGCACGCCUCCCCUCUGUCGGUGAAGAAUCAACACAUCCUUUACUUGUAGCAGAAGAGCAAGUGCACACUUACGUCAACACUACUGGAGUACAAGAAGAAAGAAAAAAUCGAUUGAGUGUGCAUGUGCCACUGGAAUCAAAGCUUUCAAACACUGAAAUAACUAAAGUGAAAGAAGAUCAGAUGUGUACUGAUGACAGAGAUGCUCAGGUUCUCCUGGAGCCUGAAGGAGUCAAAUUUGUUUUAGGACCAACACCUGUUCAAAGGCAGUUAAUGGAAAGAGAGAAACUGGAGCAACUUGGGAGAGAUCAAGUUAGCGGCAGCAGCACAAACAACACUGAAUGGGACACUGGGUACGACAGCGAUGAACGUAGAGAAACACCAUCUGGUAAUAAACUGGUGUAUGAAAAUAUAAAUAGGUUAUCAAUCCCUAGUGCCUCAGGGGUCAGGAGAGGUCGCUUGACAUCAACCAGUACCUCAGACACCCAGAACAUUAACAACUCUGCUCAGAGGAGAACUGCGCUGUUGAACUAUGAGAACUUGCCAUCCUUGCCUCCUGUUUGGGAAGCUCGCAAGCUGAGUAGAGAUGAAGAUGACAGUUUAGGACCAAAGACCCCAUCUCUGAAUGGCUACCACAAUAACCUAGAUCUAAUGCAUAAUUAUGUCAAUACAGAGAAUGUAACAGUACCAGCAAGUGCUCAUAAAAUAGAAUUUGCACGACGUCGGGACUGUACCCCAACAGUCUUUAACUUUGACAUUAGGCGUCCAAGUUUAGAACACAGGCAGCUCAACUAUAUACAGGUUGACUUGGAAGGUGGUAGUGACUCUGACAACCCUCAGACUCCAAAAACCCCCACCACUCCACUUCCGCAAACUCCAACCAGGCGCACAGACCUGUAUGCUGUGAUAGACAUUGAAAGAACUGCUGCUAUGUCAAGCUUGCAAAAAGCACUGCCCCGAGAUGAUGGUACUUCUAGGAAAACUAGACAUAACAGUACUGACCUGCCUAUGUGAGCCUGGGAAGCAUUGAAUCAUUUGCACCUUUUGUGAAGUUUAUAACAUUGAAGAUGCGAGUACUUUGCAUUUCUUAACACUAAUGCCUUUUAUAGACUAAUAGAACUUUUUCUGCAUACUUCAUGUACUUGUCUAACUAAAGGGAAUUAAUGUAGAGCAAGUAUUCAUCUAGGUAACACUAUUUCAUUCUACAGUAGAAGUAAUUACUGCAUAGCAGCAUCACCACCUUUCACAGUGCCUCUUUAAUUGAUUAGAGUCUGAGUGACAUGCUGGUUUUGAAUUUAUAAAUAUUCUGGUCUGGUGCCUAUACUCAUUAAUGGCAUUUAUAACACUUUUUAAAGCCUCUUGAUAUGUGCAUUAUUAGCAGGUAAACCUAAUCUUUCAAUAUACAUAUCUUACAUUCAUUUCUCAUUGAAGUGGUUCCUCCAGAAUGAAAUGUAUGUAAUACACUAAUUCACUCAGUUUGACACACACAAGAUACAUUGGUUCAUCUCAAGGAAUACAAACACCACACCUUUUUUGCCUGUGGGCAAGAAGGCCUCUAAUUCCUGACAGUUUUCUCAACUUGUGUGAUUUUUGAGAGGUCACAUUGAUGUUCGUUGAUCAGAGCUAUAAACACAUCUAAAUCCAGCCUUAAGCUCCUUCCGCUAGAAUAGAAUUCCAAGUUGCAUAUCAAAUUCCCUGUGAAAUCUGGCAAAAUUUUAAUCCCAUUAGAGUUUUGGGGUUUUUUGUGAAGGAAUUCACAGGUGGGCUGUAUGAAUUAAGGCUCUCUUGUCAUUUCUUAGUUCACUGUCCUUUUCUUUCUUUGCAUUUGUAUGUUUCUUUUUUAUUUGUUCCAUAAUGUCUUGUUUUAAAAGUAAAAAUUUUGUACAUAUCUUUAAUUAUUGUUCAGGGUCAUAUAUGUGUUUGUCUUAUUCUCUGCAUUUGACAAAGAAAGACUCGUGAAGGUCAAAUAGUUGUCUUUGUCCAGUGUUCUACUUUUUUAUGCCUGACAGAAAUAUCCCAGCUCUCCAGCAGCAUGCAUUAUUGCACAACUGGAAAGGUUUAUUAUGCAGUUAUUGUCUUCCUCUAAAGCAUCAAACACAGGUUACACGGGAGGCAGGGUACUGGACUUGAUAGUUCUUUAUAGAAAGUUGUACAUUCUAGCAGUGUGCAUCCAUAGGUGAUAGUAUACUUUAAUUUAGAAAGAUAUGUAGUAAAUUAUCUGAAGGUAGUAUUAUCUACAAGCGUAAUUCUUUUCCUUUUGCAGUUGGUGAAUUUGGUCACAAUGAUGGCUGCUCAGUGUUACAGGUACAUCCAGGUAGAAUGUUCUUUGUUGAAUACUCCAGAUGCACCCUUAGAAGUUUUUAUUUUGUUUUGUUUAUUAAUACUCUGAAUAAUCUUAGAAUUCUGGCAGUAUUGCAGGCGCACCUUGGUACUAGCAGUAGAAGAGAUUGCUCUUGAGCCUGUGAUUGCAAAGGAACUGACACUUGUGUGAACUGGUAUGAUGUAAAAUAACCCCUGAACUGUGAGGAAAAACAUGCACGAAAAGCCAUUUGGAGAUCUGGAAAAGCAUUAAGGGUCUUCAUGCAAUAUUUGAGUUGAAGUUUUAUAAAAAAAAAAACUACAGUUAUUUUCAGUCUUUUAAAUUGGUGUGUAUUUCUGUUCCUCUUUUUUCUUUGGUCUUCUCUCAUUUAGUAGUGGCAUCAGUAGUAGCACCUGAAAUACAUGUGUCUUGCCACACCAUUAGCUGGUAUCAGGCAACUUUUUCACUUUAAUUAUUUUUUACAGACUGUAUGGUACUGAAAUACCAGAUGCAUAAAGACUAUAAUUUGCAGAAGUAAAAGAUGGGAGUCACUGAGACCAUUAUGAGGACCAUAAACGAAAUUUAAAAAAACAAAACAAAACAAUCCUCAUUAAUGAUUUCAUGAUCAGCCUUUGCAUAUUCUUGUGAUAGGCUUGUUGACUUGUGGUGAGACCUUGGUACUCAAAAAGGUAAUGACUACCUAAAGCUAGGCUUUUUACAGGUCUGCAGUCUCUUGAAAGGAGCCAGGUGGGGGUCAGCCUCUUCUCUGAGGCAACUAGUGAUGAGACAGGAGGACAUAGUCUUGAGCUGCACCAGAGGAGGUUUACGUUGGACAUUAGCAAGAAAUUCAUCACAGAACGUAUGAUUAGACAUUGGAACGGGCUGCCCAGAGAGGUGGUGGAGUUACCGUCCCUGGAGGUGUUUAAGGAAAGACUGAA